GUGCUCGGAGGACGAACAGCGCGAGAUAUUGCUGCUGCAAGACAAGGCAGCAAAAUCAUUGCAGUAAAACGACACGCAAGCGAACUCGCCAUGUCACGCAUUGCCACCACAGUCCUCGGCACUCUCCUGCUAGCGUCGCAUGCAUUUUCGCCGGCGCGCCAGCUGAGGCCAAGCACGCGACUGCGCGCCGCGGCCGUCGCCGACGAGCUCAAGGCCCUGGCGCCGGCGCAGGGCGCCAUGCUCGUGACGAAGUGGAAGACGGGCGUCGAGAACGACAUUGCAUUGGGUUUCCUGCCGGAGCACACGCACCCGGACCGGUCCGUGCAGCGAAGCAUGUUCGUGCAGAAGGCGUAUUUCCGGGCCUACAACGACAUGCGGACCUUCGCGACGGCGUCGAUGGCGGGGCCCGAGGCCAUCGCCAAAACCUUAGGCGAGGACUGGAAGGGCGCCCAGGUGUACGGCAUUCUGCGGAACUCGGAGACGCAGGCGGCCGGCGUCGCGUGCGUCCAAACCAAUGAAGACCGCUUCGACAUCGUGCAUUUACUGAUGACGCCGGACCAGCGCGACCCUGAUGUGGUGGUGCGCUCGGAGCGCGGGUUGUUGGACAUCGUGGCGGCGCAGGCGCCGCCCGGUACGAAAGUACGGUUGUCAGCGCCCGCCGCGGAGGCGCUAUUAUCGUCGGCCUCGGAGUUGGGACUGGUCGGCGUCGAGGGAGGGGCGUCGGUGAAGGACAAGCUGGCGCGCGAGGACGCGAAGCUCACGGACGAGCGGUACCGGGACGUCGACUGGCUCGACCGGGAGGCGUAA